CGACAUAUCGCCAGAAUGAAGUCUUCGUCAUUUCAAUACAUAUUUGUCGUAAUUCACGUAGUCACCUCGUCUCACUAUAUAUGUUUGAUAUCAGCUACCUGUGCCAUGCCAGACCCCAUACCUAACACCAUAACAACCUUGCCGAACCAAACGCUGGAAACAGGGUAUUAUAUCACAUGGGAAUGCAGCGAUGGAUACAUGAUGGAUGGCCUGACAAACACUGUUGUAUGGGUGUGCUUAGAGGACGGGUCCUGGCUGGGUCAUAUACCCAUAUGCAAAGAUGUUGAAUGCCCAUCGCCUCCCAUAGCUGCUUAUUCAGAGCUCGAUCCUCCUUUGCCUGAAGCUCCCGUGGUAAACCAGACGAUAUCAUAUAGAUGCAGCAGCAGUGAAUACACUCUGCUUGGAAGUUACUUGAAUAGAUGUCUACGAGAUGGCAUAUGGGAGAAUGAUCCACCAGUUUGUCAAAGGACCUGCAGCACAUUCAACACCAAACGAUAUUCCAAUCUCACUUGCUACCGGAGACGAGGCUCUGAAGAAUGGGAUGGCUCAUUCGAUCUUUGCAUAGAUCAGGGGGAGAUACUUGCUACAGUGAAAGAUGCUCAGACGCAGGAAUUUCUAGUCGAUUUUCUUAGAACAUUUAAUGGUGGAGAUAACAUCUGGAUCGGAGCAAGGGAAGGUCGAGACUGGAAGUGGAGAAAAAAUGACAAAUACAUUGAACGUUUCUUUUGGCAAAACCCAUUUCCGGAUUCAAAUCUCAGAGAUUGCAUUGAAUUGUCAUACCAGUCUGGCUCGACGAAGUAUUCUUGGAAUCCUAGAUCGCUCCUAGAAGAAAAUGCCUUACUCUGUCAGUAUGAUCAGUCUUGCCAGAGUGUUGGACUCAGCCAAUCCGACAUGGUAUUAGAAUACAUGGACACCUGUUUCCAAUUCCUGGAUGUUUCGAGGAACUGUGAUGACGGGGCCGAAGAAUGUAAUGGGAGAGGAGGAUUUCUGGCUGAAAUACUCGAUGAGAGCACUAAUGCUUUAUUGCUGGACCGAGCACUGUAUCUGCGAGACCUAGGCGUAAACACGGCAUGGUGGAUUGGUGGUUAUGACGAAAACUCCGGACGGUCCUGGUAUUGGUCUGAUAAAACCCGAUUGAACUAUGAGGAAUGGAACGAUGACCAACCUAAUAAUGUUGACCAAGACCAAGACUGUGUAGAAAUGAGAAGCGGAUUUCAGUACCGAUGGAAUGACCAAUCUUGUUCAGACCAAAUUCGGACUCUAUGUCAAAUUGGAAUUCCUGCCUGCGGUGACCCAGGUGAACCUUUGCAUGGUAAUCGUUUACCAGACGAUAGAACAACUUACUCUGUCAGUGCUACUCUUCAUUUCACCUGUCAGGAGGGCUAUACAUUAUCUGGAGAAAACGUUUUAAGAUGUAUGAAUAAUGGAGCAUGGAAUCAUCAAAGACCAUCGUGUGAAGCUGUCGAAUGUGAAGGAAGCCCACCACAGGUCGUCAAUGCAUCAACCCUGAUACUAGGAUCAGAUUAUCAAGAUAUAGCUGUAUACACCUGUCAAGAUGGUUAUAUUCCUGAUCAGGAACCAAUCAGCUUCUGUCAGCAUACAGGCAACUGGAGUAUCCCUAACUUUACAUGUUCAGGGUAG